AUGGUAGCUCAUUACUGUAUUACUGAGAUGAUCUAUGUCAUAGACAGCGCAGACAAACAGCCAUUUGAGGAGACGGGACUGGAGCUGGAAUAUCUGAUUGAUGAGGAGAAUCUAAAGGGCGUGCCAGUGCUCAUCUUUGCCAAUAAACAGGACCUGGUCACUGCUUCGCCCACUGAAGGACUCAACCUGCACACGUAUCAGGACCGCCAGUGGCAGAUCCAGGCCUGCUCAGCAGUGUCCAGGGAAGGAGUACAGAUCAGAGUUAAUCACACAGUAUAA